AUGGACGCCAAAGAAAUCGAGCUUCGCGGCAAGGCCAUUGGGAAGGCGAUGCAAGAGAAUGAGCCUGGUUCCUCGCUCAUCAAGCUCAUGAACGACCUGAAGACGGGGGUGCACGCGACUGAGGAGCUGUUGCGCCAGACCAGGAUAGGCGUCACCAUCAACCGUCUGCGCCAACAUAAGGACCCGGCUGUCCAGAAGCUGGCUACGGAACUGGUGUCGAGAUGGAGGGACGAGGUCAAGAAGCAGCCGGGCAAGAAGCCCAUGCCAGCAAAGGCUCCAGCAGCAAACGGCAGCGCAUCCCCCGCCGCGCAACCGUCACGCACACAGUCUCCAGCACCCACUCAGCCCAAGAAGAAGGCAGUCGCGGCCCACAACGUAGACCCAGACAAGCGCAACUACAAGACAGACAAGGUGCGGUACCAAGUCACGGGCAACGAGUCGCGCGACCAGUGUGUACGCCUGAUGUACGAUGGCCUGGCCUUUAUGAGCUCUGAGCUCCCCGACGAAAUCAUUGGUGUCGCGAAGCAAGUCGAAGCCGCCGCAUACGCAAACGCCGGCAGUGUCAACGACGCCUACAAGCAAAAAAUGCGCUCGCUCUUCCAAAACCUGAAAAACAAGUCCAACCCACAGCUGCGCCAACGCGUCCUCUCCGGCGACGUAACACCCAAGCGCUUCGUCAUCAUGUCGCACGACGACAUGAAAUCAGAAGCCCGCCGCAAAGAAGACGAGAAGCUCGAGAAGGAGAACAUGAACCAGGCCAUGGUCGCGCAGGUCGAAAAGUCUAUCUCCAAGGAAUUCCAGUGCGGAAAGUGCAAGAAGAAGAUGGUCUCGUACAGCCAGGCCCAGACGCGCAGUGCCGAUGAGCCCAUGACGACUUUCUGCGAGUGCAUGAACUGCGGCAACAGGUGGAAGUUCUCAUAG